AAUUAUUAAUAGGAACAACACAUUUUGGGAAUCCAUUAAACAAACCAAACAUGUAUGUGAUUGUCAUGUGAAUGGCUGAAGGAUAUUACUUGUUCUUAGUAUUAUAAAUUAGUGCCAGUAAAAUAUAUGAAACAAUUCAAACAAUGUUACAAAAAGUGAUAUACCUCAGAAAACCACCGUGAUACUGACCUGAGUGUAUGUGUGUAUUUAAGUGUUAACUAAUAUUCUCCUCUGAACUACUUAGACAUUGUCAUUUCAUCAUGGAUCUCUCAGGUGUGGAUGUAUUGUCCGUCCUCGUUUUUUUUACGUCUCUAUCCGUAUUGAACGAGUUGGUCAUAGCAACAGAACCAUAUCAGUGUUAUGGCACUGUUUGUAAUGGGGGUGUGGUGGAAGAGUUCUGCCAAAGGAAUUUCCCCUUUUGCCGCCCAUGCUCAGAUGUAAAUAAGGACUGCAAGACGACGCAUUUCCCCCAAAAUUGCACCAGAUAUUGUGUUGAUUAUCUCGUGAGGCAGGCUUUGGAUAAAGUACCGGUAUCGUGCCCUUGCCCUCCGAAGUUAAGGAAUGGACAAUGGCAAAUCGAGCAAGAAAAUGCCCUAUGGAAGGUGUUCAGGCAACCACGCAUGCGGAGUUUGUAUGCCAUACUGGAUUUCAGACGGUUGGGGGUUCAUCAUGGAAAUGUUCUUUUAAUGGAACGUGGCUUUCGGAUGAAACCGGUACUGACCACACGUUUCCUUUCUGUUCCGAAACAGCGUCUUCUCUUCCGCUCAUAUAUGCAGUGGUUAUUUUGUCUGCCGUUUGCGUGUGUUUAAUUAUUAAACAAAUUGUGGACUGUGUGCGCGCAAAGUUUCAUAAACUAUCGUCAAAAGAAUGUCCAGAUGUUGAAUCCCAAAUCAAAGAACCACUUCUUGAAAGGGAAAAAGAACAAGUUCUUGAAAUACAAGAAGUAGAGGAGAGUGAAACAAGACACCCUGUUUCACAGGAUGCAGCCGAUCAACCAAAAGAUAGUACUUCACGGAAUGAAAACAACGACGAAAACGUUGAGAACACAGAACAUAUACCGAAAAGAAAUGACAGCCCGGCUUCCCAAAGGUCAGUAAACGUUCACAUCACAUUGGACAUCGAAGGAAGAGGUGAUAAGGAAGACACAAUUGAACCAGACUAUACUUCAUUAAACGAACCCGACGAUACUCUGUCAAACGAACUCGGCGAUACUUCGUCAAACGAACCCGACGAUACUUUGUCAAAGGAACUAGAAGACAGUUCGUCAUAUAGACCAGCUGAUGUCUGUAGCAAGCCAAUUCAAGAGACUGGUGAGGUAGAGACCAAACCUAAUAAAGACAAAUUAAUGCAACUUUCAAACGCAAUAGUUGCUGACAUUCCUCAACUGUCACCUUCGGCACCCUCGGAAUCCAUAGUGUUUAGUUAGAGAGCGAAUAAAAACAAGCCAGUUAACUAUACUAGUUGAGGGCUCAAAUUCGAACACUUUUGAAUGUUUGUUUUUUUGUGUGAGUCCCUGUUGUAGAUAGUUACACUUUUUAUGAAACAUCUUUGGUAACCGUGUCAACUUCUAUUAAAGGAUAGGUUCAGAAUCAUUUCAGAUCAUGUAGAAAUUCUUCAAUUUAUAGACAGUAAAUCACGAUUCAAUUUGCGAAUCGUGUGUCUCAAAAUCAGUAUUGAAUAUGCACAUUAGAAACCAUUUUAAAACAUGUAUUUCUUAAACUAUACGCCAUUUUAAAAAAUGUAUUGCUAAGUUUUAACCAGUGAUGUACAAACACAUGACUGUUUUUAAUUUGAACUGAAAUAGAACAAGCAAACAUUGGUAAUGACCUACAAAAAGUCAACCUCGUGCAAAUGUAUAUAACAACAUUAUAAUAAUAACCCUUUCCUAAUGUACAAAUAAGGCCAAGAGUUUAUUUUUAUUUUGAGACACAAUAUUCACAAAUGAAAAGCAUGAUGUCUAUUUUUCUAUUAAAAAUACUUCAAACACUGGUCAAUAUAGUUGAACUUGCCUCAAAGACGUGCAUACGACCCGUUACGUCAUUCACCCGCGUGGUACAUUCUGAUCUUUUAACGAGUUAGAACAAUGAAUGGGAAUAAGUGUACUGUUCGGAGUUGUGCACUCGACCAUUAGUCUUAUUAGCCAUAAUGAUAAAUGUUGAUAACCCCAUGUUAUUUUGGUAUCAUUAUCUGAUGGAGCUACAAUGUAUUUCAAUAUUAACUAUAUAUGGGGAUUAACGCUUAAAGAAAUCCAAAACAAUUAUAGUCAAUGGUGGCCGUGUUAUCUGUCCCUGAAUAACACUCAAUUAAGUUUAAUAAAAUUCUACGUUGCGCAAAAGUAAUAACUGGCAAGACCCUACCCCCAUCACCAAUUGCUGAUGAACAACAUAAGACAGCGAUUUGCUAUGGUUGACAAGAGAGGCAAAAUUUUACCAACGCCUGGCUCGAACUGUACUUCCUGUAAUGUCCGUGUUGGAUAUACAUUUUUUACCAGGUACUUUGUACUGUAGUUUAAAUACCGUGUGCGCCUGUUUCUAUAUUACUUUGUUUGUGCAAAAACUUUUUUGUUUAUGUAAUUUUGAUUGUCUAUAUAACUUUGCUUGUAUACAUAACUGUGUUCUUUUUUAUACGUUUGUUUGUUCAUGUAACGUGGAUAUAACGGCAAUACCUUGAAGAGUACUUGCCUUCUUGUUUUUGAUGAUUAGUUCCUCAUACAAAAUACAAGGUUGACUAUGGCGCCGUAAACUUUCAGUGCUUUGAUUAUAUGGACAUUUUGCAUAUUCAUGUAAACUUUAAAACCGUUUUUUUCUGCUGGCUAGGGAUGUUCCAGCGUGUGAUGUCUCCUUCUUUUUAAAUUUUACUUAGGUAAUCAUUUCAAAGAAAAGUUUAGCUAAUACAUGUCUUUUUUAUUUUUAAUAAUGUUUUCUUUGUAUGUUCCCUAAAUUUUCUAAGGCAGACUGUGUGUGAUGAUCAAUGUUUCAAACAAUUAACUGCAUCGUAUAUUUUAAAUGUUUUUGCUUUUUGUACUCUGAAUUGUAUUUCUUCGUCUGCAGAUAGAGUUGUGACCCCUAAUCAUAGAAGUACUUCGGGUUUACCCUACCGUUAUUUAGUAUGUGUUUAUUAUUAAGUUUGCUCAAGUGAAUGCAUAAUUUGAUAAUAUUUACCAUUAAUUGUUUAACUUUAUUCUGGAUAAUUGGGAUAAGAGUAAGGAUGUGUACGCAAUCGGGUUUCAACCCAAAGUAAAUUUACAUUUUACUGAACGUUUUCAGGCGGUACAUAAUGAUCCUUGAUAAACACACCUAGUGUUUUAUAUAGUAUAUAUGCACUGUUAUGUUAGUGGAGUUUUGUGCUGUUGUUACAUGUUUCUUGUUUGUGAUUUUUUUGUUUAUGUGUUCUAUGUCUUUGGCGUUAACCUUUUGCCAUUAGACAGGGUUAAAAUUUUGGCUACUGAGCUUGUUUCUGUAGUUUUUCCUAUAAACAUUUAGAUAACUUUGUUUGUUUUACAAACUUUCAACAUAAUAUAUAAAGAAUUAUGCUCAAUUAUAAACUUUACGAAGUUGUACAAACUGUUUUACAAACUGUGUUUUCGUAUUUGUGACAUUUUGUACGAUAAGGAAAGAGAUCGGAUUUUAACCCCAAGCUGUUGGAUGGAUAGGUUAUGCUCUCGUUACUUUGUGACAGAUUCCUGACUUUCAUAAUAUUGUUAUAUGUAUGCGACCUGCGUAAGGCCGAUUAGUUUAAAAGUGUAAUGUACAAGUCCUACCACGCAAAGUUUGACUAAGUGGGCAUACAUUAUUGCGGACAACAUGUUGUCAAAUACAUCAUGUUGGGUAUGAGUGUUAUUAAAAUCAUUUUCUUUAUAUAGAUAUGUUUUAUAUGUAUUUACGAGUACGUUAAAAUAAUUGCUCAUGAUUCGUAAUGUUUGGAUAUGAUCAUUAUUGCCAUAUUAGUAAUAGUUUCAGUACAAUGAGCACGAAGCGCGAGAUUGCUUUCAAUCAAGAGAGUUGGAUGUAGUCAUUGUGGUGUAAUGUGUUGCCAAUAUGUAUAUAUAUAUGUGUGUGUGUAUGUAUAGUCUAAUGAUAAGCCACAUGACUAGUUUCUGUUAAUUGUAAAUGUUUUUUAUCCUGUUAUUUGCAUACAAAUCGACCUAAUAACAGGGUACCUAAUACACGUUGCCUUAUUAGGUCAUGAGGUCAUGUGAUUUUUCAUAAUAUUGUUAUAUUUAUGCGACCUGCGUAAGGCCGAUUAGUUUAAAAGUGUAAUGUACAAGUCCGUCUACGCAAAGUUUGACUAAGUGGGCAUAUAUUAAUGCCGACAACAUGUUGUUGAAUACAUCAUGUUGGGUAUGAGUGUUUCAGUAGUUUGAACUAAUUUCUCAUGGUGUGAAAUGUUUGGCUAUGACCCGUGCUACAUGUAUGACCAAUAUAAAGUCACCAUUGCAGUAUUUCAGUACAGCGAGCACGGUGAGCGUGAUUACAUUCAAUCAUGAGGAUUAGAUGUAGUAAUUGUUUUGUAAUGUAUUGCCAAUAUAAACAUUUAUGUAUAUUACAGUCUUUAAAUACGACACACAACUA